CUUGACCAGGAACUGUCUUCAUCAUCCAUUUCCCCAGAAAGAAUUUAAGGUUUAGUGACCUAUUGGAACACAGAGAAGAGCUGGGGUCAUGAACAUUUUUAGCCUACAAAACAUACCUCUCUCUCUCUUUCUCUCUGAGUGGCUGGCAGGAUGCUAGCGUUACCAAUUGAUGUCGCCUUCUGUCUCCGUCUUCCAUUCACAAAGAGGAUGACUUGGCUAAUUGAGGGUGGAAGGGAAACGGGAGAGGUGUGGGAGCCCACUAUCCACACACACACACACACCUCAGCAAAUUGCAUGAUUACCGAGAUAGGCAGUCUUAAAAUAAUUCAAUCCAUGACAAAACCUAAUUACUGGCAGGUAAUACCCUGUCAGCUUUAAUGCAUGUCAUCACUCAUCACAGCACGCAGAGAGCAUUUUAUGACCCAUCUUAUUACCGCUGCAGUUUAGGCUCAAGCCGCAUGCCAACUAUUGACUUGUGUCUCCUCCUACUGCCGUCUCCUCCUCCUCUGUGCUGGAGCAUUAAGAGAACAACCAGCAUUUAUCAGGGCAUUAGAACACCAUGGGUGUGCAAAAGGAAGCUAGGAGGCUAUUGAGGUGGGUGAGUGCCUCUGCACUGGCUUUAUAGUCAAAACUGGGCCUCUAAUGGAUGAGAAAUAGCAGAUUUGUUUUAAGAAAGCAAAGAACUACUCAAUUCUCUAUCUCCAUGAAUGAAGAACGAUGAUCUCAGAAUGAAGUGAUAUAGAUAAGUAGACCAGUUGGAAUGGAUAAGUUUGACAUAAUUUUGUCAUCAGUUGUUUUUGUGGAAAAACAACUGGGAUGAUUUUAUUAGACUAGAAGUCCCACUUUCUGAGAAGCCCUUUAAAAAGCACAUAGCAAUGUGUACAGCAGUUGUAUGACCCGCUUUUCAUGUCCAGCCUAAACAGAAAAGACUUUGGUUCCAACACUUUUAGGUUCAUUGUUGAUCUUUGCAUGAUCCUGAAAAUGUUCAGGUAAUCCUUUCAGGAGUUUGAAAAUUUGCUGGAGACAGAGUAGUCUUCAUUGUUUCAGUAAGAGGCCUCAAUACUUCGUCACCCGUCCUGUUCAUGUUCAGUUGACUAAUUCAAUGGUGACUGAAAAAAAGAAAAGUUGCUUUAAAUUAAAAUAUCCAGCUUCCUAAUUCAAGGAAGCGUAGCCUGUGUGCAAAUGAGAACAAAGUAUUAAAAGAUGAGGAUUGGGUUGGGGAGAUCCAGCCUGCCUCCCUGCCUUGUGGCGCGUUGAAAGCGCCGAUUGGCGAAGCGGCGUGCAGCAGGAGCCGCUGUGAUUAGGCUGGCUGCCGGAUCAGAUGGUCUCUGCAUCGCAGGGGGUGGGGGGAAGCAUCUCUUUGUCAUCCUGUCAUUUGCGGCCAGCACCUCUCUGCGCACAGGCUGCAUCUGCGAUCAGUGAUAAACGUGCUCUCACACGCCAUGUGAGCGUAGAGCAGCGGCAGCUUCGCCUCCAGCUCCUCCGCCUGCUGUUCCGUCGGCCGCUGCUUGCCUCUCUUCGCCUCUCCUCUCUCUCCGCCGCCGUGCUGGAUUGUUCUGUGUCUAACAAAGCCCGGUCUCAGGCUGCUCGCAGACAGCUGCUCUCGGAACUCGGUGGCUUCGGGUUGAAUGGUGGUGCUCCAGUGGCUCAGCAAAUGCAGAAAAGGGAGCAAAGUUUCGGUAUACAAAUGCUCACUGUCCAGCCGGACGCAAAGCCAAAAGGCUGUGCCGGCUGCAACCGGAAGAUCAAGGACCGCUACCUGCUGAAGGCUCUUGAUAAAUAUUGGCAUGAGGAUUGCCUGAAGUGUGCCUGCUGUGACUGCAGGCUGGGCGAGGUCGGCUCUACGCUCUACACCAAAGCCAACCUCAUCCUGUGCCGGAGAGACUACCUCCGGUUGUUUGGUGUAACAGGAAACUGCGCAGCCUGCAGCAAGCUGAUUCCAGCCUUCGAGAUGGUGAUGAGGGCAAAAGAAAAUGUCUAUCACCUGGACUGCUUUGCGUGCCAGCUCUGCAAUCAAAGGUUUUGUGUGGGAGACAAAUUUUUCCUGAAGAACAACAUGAUUCUCUGCCAGACUGAUUAUGAGGAGGGGCUGAUGAAGGAGGGCUAUGCUCCACAAGUCCGCUGAUCAUCCAAUCAGAGGAGGAGGAAGAGCAGAAGUGAAAUGAAGAGACUGAAGGAGAGCAUGCAAUCACACAACAAAAUGCACUAUUGCCUCCUGUCCAGGUUCUGUACCCAACAUGUACAUAAACUGGGACUCACUCUACUGUACAGAAUGGCCAUAAAGACAAUGUGGCAAAAAAAAAAAAAAGGCUGGUGUAAAUUCACAUGUUUGUAUAUUUCAUUAUUUCUCUCUGACGGAUGCUGGCUCUCUUUACCUGACAAAGAAUAAAUUAACUUUGCCCUGAGA